AAGAAAAAAAGUUUUAAUUUUUUCAAGAAUCUGUGUGUAUAUAAGGAAAAAAAAAGUCCCAUUUGAGUGAACUGUCCAACAAGUGGAGGAAUUUUGCUGUUUGAGGAAGGUGAUUCUUGUUUCCUUCUUCAGAAACAACUGUUACUUCAAUUUUAUCAAUUUAAUUUUGCCUUCAAUUUAGGGUUCUUUUUACAAGUUGUUAUUGUGAAGACGAAGAAGAAAAUGGCAUUGGGGAAUGAUUGUGAGAAUUUGGGGUUAGGCAUUGUGAGGAGUACCUCAAUUGGGCGAAAAAGAGUCACUUUAUCAAACUCUGGUGAUGUCAAUUUCGUUUCAAGGACACCAACGAAGAGAAUCUGCAGCCAGAACUCGUUUUCUACAGACGACAAAUCUGACCUUGAGACGUUGCCUAAAGAUAUCUUGAUCAAAAUAGUAUGUCGAGCUGAUCACGAUGAUUUGAAGAGUCUGUUUCAUGUAUCAAGGACACUUAGGGAAGCGUCCAUGAUUGCAAAAGGGUGGCAUUUCGACUUCAGCACUCCAAAAAAGACACUUCCUUUUCGAGAUGCUCUUGAUGUGGAGGAGUUCGGUGAUAACGAUGAGGAAGAAAAAGCGCCUAAUGCUCCAAUGCAGUCGAAAAUGGCAAGGUCUCGGUUUAACAGUAAGAAGCUGGCUGGCAUCUCUGUAGCAUUGUUUACUGACAGUUAGGCCAAGGAAAUUGAGGUAUAUAUAAAACUCAAAACAGAUUAUGUAUAGGUUAUUGUUAUAGGAGAAACUCAGAAAGGAUAUCGUAGACGAACAAAGGGCUUGAUUUAAAGCCCUUGAAGAUCAUUUACUGGCUUUUAGAAUUGUUUUAUAGUAGAAACUCAGAAAGGAUAUCGUAGACGAAUGAAAGGCCUUGCCCUUGUAGAUCAUUUACCAGCUCUGUAAGUUGUUUUAUAGUAGAAACUUAGAAAGGAUAUCAUAGACGAACGAAGGGCUUGCCCUUGAAGAUCAUUUACCAUCAUAGACGAACGAAGGGCUUGCCCUUGAACAUCAUUACAUGACCUAGAGACUCUAGUAGAAACUCAAAAUGGAUAUCUUAGUCAAGUGAAGGGGUUGAUCAGAUAGAUAUCUUAGCAGGAAGAACGGAUUGAAAGGUUCCUUCGACAAUGACUUAACGAACUCUAGAAGGACACGAGUGGAGAAUUGUCAUUGGAUUUGAUCAUUGAUAGAGGAAGCUGUCUCCUUAUCAUGCCAUUCCCCUCAUGUGACUAGGCGACCGCGACUCACAUACAACAAUGGCUGAAAAGGAGGGGAACGAACGGACCAAGUACGAUAACAAAGACGAACCAUGGUUGACAUAAAGCCAUUGUUCUUUAAACCCUUUCAUUGAAGAUUAGCUAUGGGUUGUUUGUUCAUUGUUGAUGAGUACAUUUCAUUAGAACUUCUCUUGUUUGUAAAUAUGAUAACUUUAGCCUUUCUCAUUUUACCAAUGCUACUGUUUCAUGUUUAGUGGAAUGCAAGUAAUUUCUUUGCAUGUAUCUAUAGUAGCAUUCAAGUUUGCGUC